UUUUCUGGAAAAGUGAUUAUUAUUAUUGGCAUUGUAGUUCCAGUAGUCAUUGGGAUUAUACUACUUGCAGUCCUUUAUUUCCGGAGAAUUAGAAAUUCUAAGAAACAAAAUACUAAACCACAGACAACAGGUAAAGAACCUGAGGCUGUUGAGCUGUUCAUGGGGGCCCAUCUUUUUUCUCCAGAUGUGAGAACUAGGGGGAUUUCAAAUGAGGAGUCCUUGGAAUAUGAUUUUGCUACUAUUCAACAUAUUACCAAUAAUUUCUCUCCUAACAAUAAGAUUGGUGAAGGCGGAUAUGGUCCAGUAUACAAGGGAAUACUUCCUAACGGACAAGAAGUAGCUAUAAAAAGGCUAUCCAAGAGCUCAAGACAAGGAGAAAAAGAAUUUAAGAUCGAAGUUGAAGUAGUUGCCAAGCUUCAACACAAAAGUUUAGUUAAACUAUUGGGAUAUUGCUCCAAAGGAGAAGAAAAGAUACUUAUCUAUGAAUAUGUGUCUAAUGGAAGCCUUGACUACAUUUUAUUUGAUUCUGAGAAACGACGUGAAUUGGACUGGUCAAAACGCUACGAAAUUAUAAAAGGAAUAGCACGAGGAUUACUUUACCUUCAUCAAGAUUCUCGUCUUACAAUCAUACAUCGUGAUCUCAAAACAAGCAAUAUACUAUUGGAUGUAAAUAUGAAUCCAAAAAUAGCUGAUUUUGGAACAGCAAAAAUUUUUGGUAUUGAUCAAACUCAUGGAUGUACAAGCAAAAUUGUUGGAACACAUGGUUACAUGUCUCCGGAGUAUGUAAUGCACGGAGAAUUCUCUAUGAAAUCAGAUGUUUUCAGUUUCGGUGUUAUGCUUUUAGAGAUUAUUAGUGGAAAGAAAAACCUCAACACUUGCCAAAGGACAAAUAAUAGAGCACAACACCUUCUUAGCUAUGCUUGGGAACAGUGGAGGGAUGGCAGACCACUAGAAAUACUAGAUCCAAUUCUCGCGGAGUCGUCAUAUGUCAAAAAUAAAGUCAUUCAUUGUUUGCACAUUGGUUUGUUAUGUGUUCAAGAAAAUGUAGAUAAAAGACCUACAAUAGAAGAAGUGGAGUUUAUGCUUAGAAGUCAUUCUAGUAAUAACUGGUCAGCACCUCGUGUACCUGCAUUUUAUCAUAGUGAAAGUGGCCGUGAAGCUGCCGAGAGAAAUAUCGGUAAUAGAACUGUCUGACGGUGAGUGAAGCGUCAACAAUUGUUGAACUCGGUCCAAGAUAAGGUGGCAAAUAUAUUUUGUUGAAGGAUUAUUUGGCAUCAUAACGAUUUUCAGAGUUAAUCAAAACAAUUAAGUAUAAUUUAUUUUGAUUAGUAAUGGUAUUUGGCAUUCAAAUUGUUUGGUCCAAUUAAUGGUGUUUUGUAUUUUGUCAUGAAUAUUUCUUUACUAUGUUUCAAAAUGUAUUAUUUCUUCUACUUGUCAA